AUGUUUCUACACUUAACUUGAGUUUCCUCCAUCAUUUUGUCUUUUUAGGUUUAUUGCUCUUUUGUUUUAUUCCUGAUUAAAACCCAGAACCUCUGAGGUUCAGCAGGAAUUAGUUUUUUUUCUCAUCAGUGUGACACUGAACUUCAGUUUCUACUAGGAAGUCAAUGCGGCGGCAGUCAUUUUGAGUUCUGUUUCUUUUUAAGUUUUUAAUCUUUUUAAUUUAGGAGAAUGUCAGUAAAUCACCUACUCUUUUUACUUUUUUUUCUUCUGACCUCCAAAACAGGGUUCAGCGCUGAGAUCUCUGUGUUUGUGCAGAUGGGAGCUUCUGUUCAGCUGGAUAUACAGACACAAGAACUACCAGAGUUUGAUGAUUUAUACUGGAAAAAUGAUAAAUCAGAGAAUAUAGUUAAAUAUACAAAUGAAUCUAAAAAAGGAAAACUCCACUCUUCCCACAAGGACAGAGUAUAUUUCAAUAAUAAAACCUUCUCUCUGACUCUGAAGAACAUGCAGAAGACAGACAGUGGACUCUACACAGCAGUAGCAAGUGGAGAAUCAGACAACAAUAUUGUUACAUACAGAGUAUCUGUUAUAGAUGCUGUGGAGGCUCCUGUGCUGACUAUGAACUCAAACGGGUCCAGCAGUGACUCCUGUACUGUGAACUUCACAUGCAGAGCUCAUGAGCUCAUGAUUGACUCUAGCUAUCAGAACAACAGAUGCUCUAAAGAGGAAGUGACAUCACAGAUCAACACUCUCAUCCUGGACUGCAGUCAGAAAUCCAUCAUCUGUAACCAUAGCAACCCUGUCAGCUGGAAAGAAGACAGAAUAAACAUCACACAGCGCUGUGACGAUAACAAAAAGAACAACUCAAAGAAUGAGACUGAUUCAUCUUUCCUGUGGCCAGUAGUUGCUUUGGUGGCAGUGAUCAUUUUGAUAUGUGUUUCAGUCUUUCUGUACUACAGACAUAAAAAAGGUAUGUCCAUGUUGCCUCACAUACAUUCUCUAUGA